AUGGAUCGCCCCGAGCCUGGCCUGGUGAAAUGGUCGCCCAACUCCUCGGUCGACAGCUUUGUCCACAUCAACCUGCAGCACCGAGUCGUACAGCUUUAUGAGCCCACCGGACACGCUGACAGGAAAAGGUUCGACUACUCGAAGCUGAGCAGACAUGAUGACUUCCCUACCCUCACAACCUACGACUGGUCGCCAACCGACACGAGUCUGCUCGCCGUGGGAACCGCAUCAGGAAUAAUCAAUCUUUUAAAGAUUGACGACAAUUCCAACGCAUACGCGGAAAUCGGGCUCAAAAUGUCAAGAACGUGUCAAGCGGUUGCCUUUAAUACUACGGGGCUCCUGGCCGUCGGGCUCGACCGCGUGCGAAUGGAUCAAAGCCUCCAUGUAUGGGACGUCAGUCGACUUUCGGCCCAAGAGUUGCCCAAGACUGGAUUUCCAUCCUCUGCACCUCUGUCUGUUGACUCGUACACAAAGCUUGAGCCCAGUGUUUCCGUGUCCAGCCUCAAGUUUUUCGAAGACAGCCCGCUAACGCUGGUAGCUGGCAUCAAGGGCCAGGGAGUCAGAAUCAUCGAUCUUCGAGAUCCAAGUGGGAAUACAACGUUUCAGACCAAAUGCAAUAACAACCUUGCCAUUGACUAUCUUGAUCAAAACAAUUUCGCAUCAUCCGCUCUGGACCACCCGGGCGUCAUGAUUUGGGACCGGCGAGCAACGUCCAGGCCAUUGGCUUCUCGCUUCUACAAACAGGCUGUGGAUGAGGAUGGUCUUCCGUGGGGUGGUGCUCUCCGGCUCGACAAAGUCGUCGAGACUGAUUCUGACCCCUUUCUGACAGAAGGGAAGCACUCUCUCAUACGCUCGCUUCGUUAUUGCCGCGACCGUCGCGGUUUACUCGCUGCUCUUUCGCCAACCGGCCAGCUCAAGGUGAUGGAAACCAACAAGGAGAUUGAGUCUGGAGGCAUGGUGCCUCAGGAAGGCCCUGAGCUUUUGCACGUUCAUAGGUCCCACGAGAUGGACGUGUCGUACCGGGAUAACUCUAGGCGAAGCCAUAGGAUUGUGUCGUUUGACUGGGUUACUUUGCCUUCAGCAGCACUGCGUCCCAGACUUCUGGUCCUCAGAGCUAAUGGAGAGUUCAACAUUCUGGAGCAGCCGUCCCAAGUAUCGGACCACGUCUAUAAACUGGUUCCAUGGCAGGCUCCUCACCGUGGCUUGGAAGACAAUGCACCGUAUCACGAGCUGAUGCAGUUCGAAUCAGCCCAAACAUUGGAGAUGCUAGGUCCCCUUUUGACCGAACAGGCCCUUUCCGACGUGUCCAUUUUCGGGCCCGGAAAGAACGGCAUCUCUGAUGAUAUUACUGAAACCUUGACCGAAGGCGCGCCCGCACCGGUGAAACUGGAGCACUUGGGCGAGAUGUCCCGGCCGCUGCCCAAAAUGUUUCACGAUGCAAGCUCCAUAGCACAGAAGCUUCGAAGCAUCAGAGCGUACAUCCGGGACGAGCAGGCAGGCCAGCAAGCGCAAGGCACCGGCUCAAGAGAUUCGGGAAGUCGGCCAAACGAAAUCUCGUUGGCAUCGAAUAACCUGGGAUCCUGUCGCGAGAUCCAUGAGGCACUUCUUGGUACUCUGGCGAGGGUCAAGGGCCUACCGAGGGAAGCGCAAAGCGUGGUGGAUCACUCCAUGCUUUUCCGAGCCAAAGAAAAGUACUUGUUUGACGCAGCCACGAAUCGUAACGUUUUGUCAGAUGAUCCAUGGAGAGGAUUUGUCUGGAACUGGGUCGCCGAUGCCGAGGCGGCCGCGGAGGACGGAGGCAUGCUCCUUGGUAAUAUGGACCUGAGUUAUCUUGGUGUCUACUCCAUUUGGACAAAUGAUCUCGGCAAGAACCCGCUGGCUCGGCUGGCACCAGGCACAUCUAUCCCCGAACCAGCCCAGUGGGAGCGGGCAAUCGGGCAGUACUGCAAGAAACAGCGGCUUGCGAAAUUCGACGGCGUGGCCACCAACAGGCCGUCUCACCGCCAACUCUGCCUCGAGAUGUGCGGCUGGGGAGAUGACGUCCAGGGCUACGAUGCGAGCGGCGUCGAUGGCGAAGCCGAAGCCGACGCCGAUGCCGAUGCCGAUGCCGAUGCCGAUGCCGAUGCCGAUGCCGGUGCUGAUGCCGACGCCGACGCCGACGCCGACACAGACUAUCCCACCACGACGCACACAAUGGUGGCCUCUCGCGCCCUGUUUCGGGGCGACAUCGACAAGGCCAUCCAGAUCCUCAAAAGGGCAAGCGCCGUGCACCCCGAGCUUCUCUUUGUUUCCCUGUCGCUCCAGCUCCUGGGCCGGGGAAACAGGCAGCUCCAGCUGCAGAAGAAGGACAAGGUGGAGCUCGACGACGCGGUCGCGUCCAAGACGGAUCCGUACCUCCGCGCCAUCUCGGCCCUGAUUGCCACCGGCGACUGGACCGCGGUGGCCAACCAGCGCUCGCUCCCGCUCUCGGACCGGGCCGUGGUGGCCUUUCGCAACUUCGACGACGACCAGCUCACGCAGUGGCUCGAGGAGAACGUGAGGCUGGCCGUGGAGGAGGGCGACAUCGAGGGCAUCGCGCUCACGGGCAUCACCGACAGGCUCGUCGACAUGUUUGCCAAGUACGUCGAGAAGUUCCACGACGUGCAGACGGCCACGCUGGUGCUGUCCAUCGCGCACCCGCGCUACAUGGACGACAUGCGCUGCCGGGCGUGGCGCAACGCCUACCGAGCGCACCUGCAGCGCCACCGGCUCUUCUUCCAGCGCACCAAGUUCGAGGUCGAGUCGACCAAGCGGUCCAAGCGCGACGGCGUGCCCACGCUGAAGCCGCCCUCGCGCCAAAUCGCCCUGCGAUGCGUCUACUGCGACGCCGAGACGUCGCUGGCCAACCAGGGCGCCGCGCCGCGCCCGCCGCUGCCCGGCGGCCUGGAGACGAGGAACCCGCUGCUGGCCACGAGCAUCGGCUCGGGCAUAAGCUGCCCCAACUGCGGCCGCCACCUGCCGCGCUGCGUCGUCUGUCUCGAGGUCGUGGGCGUCUCGCGGUCCGACAAGCCCGAGGACAAGGAACGCACGCGCGUGGCGGUGGCGGGCCGGUUCCCCACGUUUUGCCUUCGCUGCGAGCACGUCCUGCACCUCGACCACGCGCGGCAGUGGUUCGCCCGGCACGUCGAGUGUCCGGUGCCCGAGUGCCGAUGUCGCUGCAGCUUUAGGGCCAAUCCCGAACUGAGCUACCAUUGA